CUUUGAGUUGCCUUUCCAGCUUCACGACUCAACAGUCUUCCUCUUCGAAAUUAUAUGAUAUAUCCUGCUGCUAUCCAUCAUUCUGAACAUGCUCUCCUCUAACAAACCUGUCUGGUUACACAAGCAUACGGUGCAUAAUCAUACAAGAUGUGCCAUGGUCCUAACGUCCCAGGCUCCAAUUGUUACUCCAGUGGCACCGAGGGCCAUGCCAACGGCUCGAAUGGCGCUACCAAUAGCAACAAGGCCGACCACGCUGGCUACGCUGCCAUUCCGACCCAGCAGAAGCACAGCAACCCAUACCAGCCGGUUGGCAAUUUCCUCAGCAAUGUCGAACGAUACAAGAUUAUCGAGUCCACUCUAAGAGAGGGCGAGCAAUUCGCUAACGCCUUCUUUGGAACCGAGACCAAGAUCAAGAUUGCCAAGGCCCUCAAUGACUUCGGCGUCGACUACAUCGAGCUUACCUCCCCUGCUGCCUCUGAGCAGUCCCGCAAGGACUGCGAGGCCAUUUGCAAGCUUGGCCUCAAGUCCAAGAUCCUCACCCACGUCCGCUGCCACAUGGACGAUGCACGCCUUGCCGUUGAGACCGGUGUUGACGGAGUCGAUGUUGUUAUUGGAACCUCUUCUUACCUGCGCGAGCACUCCCACGGCAAGGACAUAACCUACAUCAUCAACACCGCUAUCGAGGUCAUUAACUUUGUUAAGUCUAAGGGUCUCGAGAUUCGCUUCUCAUCCGAGGACUCCUUCCGCUCUGACCUCGUUGACCUGCUUUCUGUCUACAGCGCUGUCGACAAGGUUGGCGUUCAUAGAGUUGGUAUUGCUGAUACAGUCGGCUGCGCAAGCCCCAGACAGGUCUACGACCUUGUCCGGACCUUGAGAGGUGUUGUCAGCUGCGAUAUUGAGACUCACUUCCACAACGACACUGGAUGCGCUAUCGCUAACGCCUACUGCGCUCUCGAGGCCGGCGCCACCCACAUUGACACCUCUGUUAUUGGUAUCGGUGAGCGUAACGGUAUCACUCCCCUUGGUGGUCUCAUGGCUCGUAUGGUCGUUGCCGCCCCAGAAUACACCAAGUCCAAAUAUAAACUACAUAAGCUAAAGGAAAUUGAGAACCUUGUUGCUGAGGCCGUCGAGAUCAACAUCCCUUUCAACAACUACAUCACUGGCUUCUCUGCCUUUACCCAUAAGGCUGGUAUCCACGCCAAGGCUAUGCUGAACAACCCUAGCACAUAUGAGAUUAUUAAUCCUGCAGACUUUGGCUUAAGCAGAUAUAUCCACUUCGCCUCGAGAUUAACGGGAUGGAACGCCAUCAAGGGCCGUGUUGAGCAGCUUGGCCUUACUAUGACUGACGCCCAGAUCAAGCUCGUCACUCAGAAGAUCAAGGCUAUGGCAGACAUCAGGCCGAUCGCUAUCGACGACGCGGACUCGAUUAUCCGCACUUUUCACCUGGAAAUUGCAGAGGGUAAGCAGCCGCUGCUGUCGAACAUUACUACCGAGGAGCUGGCGAAGUUCGAGAAGGCGAAAGGAGAGCUUGCUGGCGGGCCGAACCAGCGUGCUUUGGAUGAUACCGCCGCGGAGCCCGCUGCCAAAAAGGUGAAAGCGUAAACAAUGUUUUCAUGAUGUAUGUUGGGACACAAAAACAGGGCAUCUGCUCGUACAGUCAUAAAUGGAAGAGGUACGAAAGCCUUUAGUUCGGAUAUCUCUUAUUGUUAGCAAAGAAAAGUUCAACUUGAUUUAGUG